AAUGGAGUCAUGUCUGGAUUGAUGCAAAUGCUGCUUCUGAAGGUUUCUGCUCACAUCACAGAACAGCUGGGAAUGGCCCCAGGAGGAGAAUUCAGGGAAGCUUUCAAAGAGGCCAGUAAAGUACCUUUUUGUAAAUUCCACCUUGGAGAUCGACCCAUCCCUGUUACAUUUAAGAGAGCAAUUGCUGCACUUUCUUUCUGGCAAAAAGUCAAGCUUGCCUGGGGCCUUUGCUUCUUAUCUGACCCAAUCAGUAAAGAUGAUGUGGAGAAAUGCAAACAGAAGGAUUUACUGGAGCAGAUGAUGGCAGAAAUGAUUGGAGAAUUUCCUGAUCUUCAUCGAACGAUUGUCUCGGAACGAGAUAUUUACUUGACCUACAUGCUGAAGCAAGCAGCAAAGCAGAUAGAACUACCUCGAGCUUCAGAAACUGAACCUAGAAAAUAUAUCCCAGCUGUUGUAGUUGGUGUUGUUGGGAUGGGUCACGUACCUGGAAUUGAAAAGAACUGGAACUCUGACUUAAACAUUCAGCAAAUAAUGAGUGUGCCUCCUCCAUCAGCUUCAAGUAAGAUUUUCAAAUUUGUCAUAAAAGCAACAGUUUUUGGACUGAUGGGAUACGGCUGCUACCGAAUAGGUCAAAGGACAGUUCAGUUUAUUCUCUCGAUGCCAGCAGCACAGAGCUAUCUUCAGAAGCUGACAGAAGUAAGGUCUCAGCAUUGAACAUCAAGUGGAGGCACUGUGUGAAGCAGGUGGCUGAAAAAGGGUGAUAGAGGCAACAAAUGUGAACUGGACUGAAUGAAGAGGGAGAUGAAGAUUCGAGUCAGAGAUCAUUGAUGCUGAGCAGCGCUGAAUCACUGUAUAAUAAAAAAAUUGAUACUAAAGUUACACCAGCUAUGAUCUAAUGAGUAGGUUUGCUGGUAAGUGUGUUGCAUGAAACCACGUGAUUCCAGAUUGAGGUAAAAGAAAUAUGUACACAAAUAUAUAUAUUAUAUAUAUGCAUACUGUAUAUAUAAUAUAUAUCGCUGAUGAUGUAGUACAGACAGCUUAAAGAGUGUA